AUGGGCGGUUGCCUUAGCGGAAGAUUUGCUGGUCCUCCUCCUAACGGUGGAUUUGGAAUGGGUGGAAUGGGUGGAAUGGGUGGAAUGGGCGGAAUGGGCGGCCCAGGCGGUAUGGGUGGCGGCAUGGGAGGUGUCAUAGGAGGCCUUAUGCAGGGCCAUAAUGGUGGUGGAUUUGGUAUGGGAGGUCCUGGUGGUAUGGGCGGGCCUGGUGGUGGCUUUGGCGGACCCGGAGGCGGAGGGCCGGGCGGAGGAUGGGGCGGGCCGGGCGGAGGAGGCUUUGGAGGCGGCGGUUUUGGAGGCGGCGGACCGGGUGGUGGACCCGGAGGUGACUUUGGCGGACCCGGAGGUGGAGGGCGACCAGGUGGAUGGUAAACGGCACAUGCCAGACCUGACGUUUGACAUAUAUAACCAGGAUACUUACUGGAUUCGUUCGUCAUUUAUAAUACUCAACUCGACAUCUCUGUCAAAGACGUCCACAGUUGGACUUGGUAUUGUAUCUAUACACGACUGUAGCUCUAUUAAUCACAUUCCCCUUGGAUAAACACUAUUUGAUAUAUGGUUAUAUAGAAACUGCGUAGAAAAGAACCAGACCAAACGGUCAUUAC